UUUGAACCCCACAAGAGCUUAGGUUGCAUGAUAUUGACUCUCCGUAGUCAAAAUUUUCCCGGGCUUUGGCUCCCAGAGGCAUGGUAGGUAGAUACCUACUUUGCCCAGAGGGGCGCCAAUCUCUAACUUUGCCCCCGAGCGCCACGAACCUUCACUACGAGACUGAAGACAUGUUGGUGCGCCAGUGAUCAUACCCCGUGAACACAAGAGAACGGUUAUUGUAUUAGUAAGCAAGUUUGUCCCGGGAACGAGUCUCACUUCACAGUUCACACUAUACAAACGAUAUAUUGGUGAACAUAAACAAUAAACACACCUUCGAUGAGAGUACCUGUAUUGAAUUUGAGCUGGCUCGUCGCAAGAUGGCUUUUCUCUGCAUAGGUGUUCUGAGGAUAUCAGUCAAACACUGAUCCUUCGCCUCACUGGAUUUUUAAGCUUAAUGUGGAACCGGGGGUGUUGCAUGCAGUUCUGUAGCUGUUGCAGCAUAAAAAGAUAACCAUGGCUUGCGAAGUAAAACAGCUGUUUUCCUGGGACACUCAGUACAAUGCUGACUCAGUUGAAUUUUGUCCUGUUGAGCCUUAUCAGGAAUACCUAGUAGUAGGCACUUACCAACUGAUGGACCAGGAACAUAGAUUAGAGGUUUGUGCACAGGUUAAUCAUGAAAAUACAACUGAAGUGGAAUCAAGUUUGCAGAAAUGUGAUGCACCUAAGAAAAGACUUGGUCGUCUUUAUUUGAAGCAGAUGACAGAAGAGAAGAAACUUGUGUUAGUUCAGCAAAUUGACAUGCCUGCUAUUUUGGAUAUGAAAUGGUGUCAUAACAAGAUAGAGAAUGAUCCAGUACUUGCCAUUGCAAAUGCUUCAGGUCAUUUACUUCUGUAUAAGUUACAACCAAUAGAUGAUGGAACAGUUAGAUUAAAAUUCUGGAUUAAGUCUGAAAUAGACGAGGAAGACACUCUUGCCUUGUCAUUGGAUUGGUCAACUGGGAAAAUUCAGUGUGAGAAUCCAUUAAUUUCACUUAGUGAUUCAAAAGGGAAAAUAAGUUUAUUACAACUCAGUAACCAGGAAUUAAUUUUACAAGAUAGAUUUCUAGCUCAUGAGUUUGAAGCUUGGAUCACUGCAUUUGAUUACUGGAAUCCUAACAUAGUUUAUACAGGGGGGGAUGAUUGCAAGUUUCGAAGAUAUGACGUGAGAAAUGAGCCAGCCAAUCCAACAUUGACCAGUAGGGUGCACAGUGCAGGUGUCACAAGCAUUCACAGCAGUGCUCACUCUGAGUACCUCUUAGCAAGUGGUAGUUAUGAUGAAAUUGUUAAUUUGUGGGACACUAGAACGAUGAGAUCACCAUGUUCAUCAAUAUCCCUCAGUGGUGGGAUAUGGCGUCUUAAAUGGGACCCACAAGGAAGAAACUUGUUACUGGCUGCUUGUAUGCAUAAUGGAUUUCAUGUUACCGAUACCUCCCCAUCAGAUGUGCAAGUAGUUGCCUCAUUCACAGAGCAUGAGAGCUUGGCUUAUGGAGUGGAUUGGUGGGCAGGUGCCACAGAUGCAACCAGUGUUAUUGCUUCUGCCUCAUUUUAUGAUCAUUUACUGUGUUUGUGGGAGUUUACAAUAAACUAAAUACAAAAUU